GUACAAGCUGCACACACAUCGCCAAACUCCCAAUUGAAAAAUUGCAAAUCUGCAGCAUGACAGACAAGGCUGCCGCAUCCAAGAAAAAGGCGCCUGAGGUGGAGGCGACAACGAUUGAAGAGGAGGAUCUCUUCGAGGACUUUGCCCUUAAAGAUGAACCAGUGGGAGUGCAAGAGGGAGAGAAAGAGCCCGAACUCCCCCUGUGGGAAGCAGACUGGGACGAUGAGGACGUAGGUGGCGACUUCGUGCAGCAGCUGAAAGCAGAGCUUGGCAGAAGCGCAAAAAAGUGACGAGCCCAAAUGUAGCAGCAGAUCCUGUUGAUCGAUCACACAGAACACCUUUGAAUAGUAAGAAUGGGAAAUGUGACGCUUCUCUGACGAGAGGUGCACAGAUUGAAGACCAAGAUUGUCAGGCAGCUUUAAAACGUCAAGACAUGAAAGCCUUGACAGCUUGCAAACAGGGCUGGUGCAGCAACAGGAACCCAAAUGACUGGGCAAACCUGCAUAACUUGUGCUUAUUGCAUGUGCGCAUUGGCUCACGAUGCAGGCUGCCUGUGGCCAACCUGGCCAUGAGCUGUGGAAUCAGGCUCUGGGUAUGAAGAGCUGUUGAACUCAUGUGCUGAGUGUGAUAUGGCAAAUUUCGUUGAUCCGGAGGUCACUGGAGCAUCUUUGACCUGGUCAGUCCUGGCCAAAUUAUGAAGAUGAAUCCAGGUAGUGCAGUAGCGCAGCAGCGCAGCAGCUCGCAACAUUAGGAUGUUGCACCACUUCACAGUAGUACUUCAGCUGGAACUUGGGAGCAAAGUCAAGGUUGUUUGCUCUGCUUCAGGGACUGUUUCUGCAGAUGAUUGAUGCAGAAUGAGAUGCUUUGUUUGCGUCAACAUGUAAAAGUAAGGGCCAAUUAUGUAAAAUUCUAUGUGGGC